GUGGCAAGAUACUGAGAAGACGUGACCAUGACGGCUGCUACAAUCGGUUCCAAGAUGCGCCUCUGAAGAGAAUCUCCUACUGUACCGCCUACAAUAUUUUCUUCGUGCGACUUUACACAAUUCCUUAUCAAUCCUGGGCCACGCGACCCCACUAAAACUCUUACGUGACGCGACUCACCUGUCAACCAAACUCAUCGUUCUCGACAAAUUUCUGCAGCCAUGAGCGACAUCGAGAAGCGGUACGAUGGCACGGGUCCCCAGCCAAACUCGGUCAACAGUGACGAUCUCGAUAUGCAGCUGGGAGAAAGCGACCCGGUGUACGAGGCGAAACUCGUCCGAAAACUCGACUGCUACAUCAUCCCGGUAGUGAUGCUGCUGUACCUGCUCAGCUUUCUUGACAGGGUGAACAUUGGUAACGCACGACUUUAUGGACUCGAGGAGGAUCUGGGAAUGGACUCGACGCAGUUCCAGACCGCUGUCUCAAUCCUCUUCGUCACCUACAUUCUCUCUGAGAUACCCAGUAACCUCGUGCUUAAGAAGAUUCGCCCGUCUCGUUGGAUCGCGUUUAUCACCGUCGCCUGGGGCAUUGUCGCGACCUUGACGGGUGUCGUGCAAAGUUACGGCGGCCUGCUUGCGUGCCGUCUCUUUCUCGGCGCCGUGGAGGGCGGCCUUUUCCCUGGUCUUGCUGUCUAUCUUACGUUCUUUUACACCAAGCGCGAAUUGGCCCUGCGCAUUGGGUAUCUGUUCGUUUCCGCCGCGCUGGCGGGUGCCUGUGGUGGUCUGUUGGCCUACGGAAUCGGCCACAUGGAUGGCGUCGCCGGGCAGCGUGGGUGGCGCUGGAUCAUGAUCAUUGAGGGAAUCCCUACCUUCGUCCUCGGUAUUGCAACGUGGUGGAUCCUGCCCGACGAGCCGGCCACAGCGUACUUCCUCACCGAGGACGAGAAGGCGUACGCGGUUGCGCGGCUCAAGCGCCAGACUGGGUACACGAAAAGUGCAGCUGAGUUCCACUGGGACGACGUCCGGAAGUGCUUCAAAGACUGGAAGGUGUGGCUGUUCUGUUUUGCUCAAUUCGGAUCCGACACCAUGCUCUACGGCUUCUCGACCUUCCUGCCCACCAUCAUCCGCGCCAUCAUGCCCAAGGCGUCGAGCGCAAUGGUCCAGGUCCUCACGAUCCCGUGCUACGCGCUGGGCGCCAUCACCUACCUGGUCGUUGCGUACUUCUCCGACAAGCAGCAGAAACGGGCGUUCUGGAGCAUCCUGAUGGGCGUUGUCAGCAUCGUCGGCUACGCCAUGCUGAUCAGCCCGAGCAGCUCCGGCACGCACUAUGCCGGCUGCUUCCUGGUCGCCAUGGGGCUGUACGUGUGCGUUGGCAUUCCGCUCGCCUGGCUCCCGACCAACCUCCCGCGCUAUGGCAAGCGCACGAGUUCGACGGGGCUGCAGCUUUCGAUCGGCAACUGCGCAGGCAUCAUGUCGUCGUUUUUGUAUCCAGCGAAGCAAGGUCCGCGCUUCAUCAAAGGUCACGCUGUUACCAUGGCCAUGGUUGCGUUCGCGCUUGCCUGCUAUGCGAUCUUGUGGGCAUACCUCGGUAUGCUGAACGCGCGACGUGAGAAGGGCGAGGAGGACUAUCUGAUGGAGGGCAAGAGCGAAGAGGAGAUUGCGGAGAUGGGUGAUGAGAGUCCUCGCUUCAGGUACACGACCUGAGUGUAACAGAUGGAAGCAUUUUUGGAGUUCAUUUACCAACAUUUAAUGCCUAUU